AAUAACCUGUCUAGUUCAGAGAACAUUCAUCAAAUAUGCCGAAACAUGCACUAUGUCUGUGGUCAAAAUUGCUGAUGUUUUUAGGGUAUAGGGUAUGCUGUUUAAUUUCCAAACCAACCUACAUGAUGAUAACCUUACCACUGAAACCUGUUGCAUGCGUUGUAUAUACAUUACAACAUACACGAUGUGGUUAAUUAACAGUUGGGGGAUUAUAAUAACUACUUAACUGCAUAGGGACAAGAUUUAAUACACAAGUAAGAGAAUUGUGGAAUUUUUGUUAAAUACUAUUACAAAAUGCUAUGAUACAAAACAACAUAAUUGAGGAAGAGUUUUACAUUACAAAAUAUUGUAAGAAAGUAUAUUUAGAUUCAGUCAGUGAGCAUGGUACGAGAUAAACUAUGGUAUGAGGUGAUUAUGGUAUGCAGUAACUGGACACAAAGUGGUUAAGGUGUGAAGUGACCUGAUGUUGCAAAUGAAAGUUUAUUUAAGACAUCAUGGUGUUUAUUAGUUCCCAAAGGUCAGUGAAUACUUUAAGAAUUCCCAAGGCAAUAAAGUGACAUGAUGUAUUGAUGUAAAAUUAUUUAGCCACUCUUCUGGUGUUGAUCAGAUCUAGGUGUUAAUUAAAACCUCUUCUUGAUUUCCCUCUGUUCUGUACUACAUUUUAUUAAGAUAACAAAAGUUUUUGUUAAGUACAGCAUGUAUAAUAAUAAAUGCAGCAUCCUGUUGCUAAGAUAUUAAAUGUAAAAUGUCUUCUAUGUUGUAUUUCCAUCUUCCUUUUCCCAUAUCCCAAUUUCUGGACUGACUCUCAGUUUGCCAGUAUGUGGUUGACAAGAAGUAGACAUUAAUGAUGGAAGGAGAAGAGCUGGUUAAUAAUCUGAAGCAUCUGGUGCUUGGAUUUGAGCCACAUGUGCGAGAGGCUGGCUCACUGGAGCAGGUAGAAGAUGUCCUACAACACUUGGAAGAAAACGAACAACAUUUCCACAGAUAUGAGUUUGUGAAGCAAUUGAAGAGAAGCAUCGAGGAAAACCUUGGUGGAUUCAUCGAUGAAGAGAUUGAGAAAUGCAGCAUGGGAGUGCCGGAGGAGGUGGGACAGGAUGAGACGCAAGUAGACCGAAUCACAGAGCGUGUGAUUCACUCUAGUCCCAUGUCAGAGCUGGUGGGAAAGUUAAAGCGAGCCGUGACAGAAGCUGCGGAGGAUUUGCUUCAGAACUUUGGUAGACAGUUUGAAUCAGCUGUCCACAAUGGGGAGAGCUCGCAGGAAACCUCACGACCCAGAAAACAUUAUCCCGAUGAUGAUGAAACCUCGUACAGCAGCUCCCUUAACCAGCCAGGAAGUUUCAUGUUCAUGAACACAGAUCGUUUUGUUCGAUUGACAGAGGAUCUAGAAAAGGGACAGCCUCCAGAGAUUCGCCGCGAGGCUCUCCGCCAACUCAACAUGAUUCCGGCAACAGAAAUUGUGUGUAGUGACCAGUGGCAUCAGGUUAAAAGUAGUGUCCUUGACCUUUUGGCUGACCCUGACCAGAAUCUCGCGAAUUCAACUUUGAAAUUUAUAAUGCAAGCCUUUUCUACAACUACACCACGGACUGGAGAGAUAUUCACUCUACUUGUGAAAUUCCUAUCCUCUCAAAUGACCUCCCAUAAAAGCACGGCCAUCUCCAGCCUGAAGAGCGGGUUAGAUCUGAGAAAAGUUGAGUCAGUGCGUCUUCUCAAAGCUUUCCGACUGAUGAACGAAUUCCAGCGUGAAGCUCCUGGUUAUUGGGUUCGCUAUCCAGAAAAGUACAUGGAGGAGAUUCUACAGAGCACUCUUGACCUGUUGUCAUUGGAGACAGCCCAGGUUGUCUCCCCUUCACAUCUUAUAGCUGUCCUUGACCCUAAAGCCUCCUGGUUCAUCAAAUGGAUGCAUGGGAGUUACAGCAGGUUGCCAGUCUUGACAAUGCUCCAGCGAUAUCCAUCCAUCUUAGAGAAUGCUGUACGACAUUGUCUGCGUUACUGUAGCUCACGCAGAUGUUCAUCAGAUCGGAUGAGUGACACCUCAGAAAAUGCUCCGUGGACAUCAUCAUUGACUGGUCAGCGUAUGGUGUACACAGGAGCAGAGCUGGAGUAUGCCUACUUCAUCCACUCUGUCCACUUCCUGGGCAGUCUGCUAAGCUAUACCAGAGGGCGAGAUUUCUUCCCGGUUAAGCUGCCUGACAGAACAGAACCUCUGACGAUAAGCAACCUGCUGGUAGCCAUGAUAUCCCUGAUUACAGACCCGGACACACCUACCGCUUCACCUGCCACAGAGGAUUGGUGUCCCCCUCAUCUGCUUACCCAGACCCUCAAGGUGCUGUGCAGUACAGAGGAAGUGUGUGAGAUCUGCCUGUGUAAGGACAGCAUCACUAACGCCCUCCUCACCCCGCUGGAGCAGUGGCUAGAACCACAGUCUUUACAGGACAUAUCCUCUGCCCAGCUGCCUAGUGAGGGCACACUGCUGAGGGUAGCUGACAUCCUGUCCGUCAUUGCCUCCAGUACCCGAGGGAGAAGACAUCUGCUCUAUGGCCAGGACAGGACCUUGCUCUCCAGGAAUGAGUCAUCUGCUGCUCGGGUCAUAACAGAGUUUACCACCAAAGCCUUGGACAAUAAACUCACCCCUGGCUUUGCUGAGCCUCCGUCCAAAGCUGUGAUAGGAGACUGCCUGUAUAUCUGUCGUCAGCUGUACAACACCUAUGAGGGCCUCCUCAUUCUCUCUCACUAUUCCCUCCAUUCUUGUGUGGCACAGGCUUUCCAUCAGGCAUGUCUAGAAGCUGAGAAAGCUCCUACCCCAACCCCAGGACCCAGUGAUGACCGCAGGGGACGGUCUAAUGGACAGUCAGCAUUGGUUUGGGAGGACACAUUGCGGGAUAACUUGCUGAAUUUUGCCAGCACAGCCAAAGGAAUUUUGUUACUACAGCAGACAGGCAGCCUUAAUGAGUGUGUGUCUUACAUGUCAGCUAGAUAUGCCAAGAAACUCCAGGUGAGCAAGCGUGAGAAGUUUGGCUAUGGUUACAUGGUUACCCAGGUGGCCACUACAGCCCCGGGCAUGGUCGCCCUUCUGAACUCAGGAUUUAUCCAGGCACUUAUUCAUGAGUUGUGGUCAGUUUUGGAAUGUGGACUGUCUGACCAGCCUGUCUUAGCUCCCAGGAUCUGGCCAGUUGACCCCAUAGACAGGCCCUCACACAAACCCCUCAUUCGAUUGCUCAACGUGCUGACAUCUUUCCCGGCUGUGUACGAGGCCCUAGCAGACCAGAGGGUAACGGUCCAGGAGUUUUACUCCCUGAGGCAGAUGCCCGACACAGUGGCAUCUCUGAUUGAUCGUCUGGUAAUGGUAAACACCCCUGCUAAGAUACAUUCCCUUUUUAACUACGAGCAGUCACAUGUCUGUGGCCUAAGGAUCCUUAGUGUGAUGAUCUCGUGUCUGGACACACAGCUCCUACUGCAGAGUCAGUAUCACUACCAGGAGGCGCUGCUAGUCAGCCAAGGGGAGAAUACUCCACAGCCAAGGCUUGUUACAGGUGAUGGCAGACCAUCUAAAGACCGGAACGACAUCAUAAUAGACAUGCUGACUGUGGAGAGAAACUACAUCUUGAUAAAGUCUUACUUGAUUGGUGGGCCUAGUGAACGAGUUCUCCCUCCACGUUGUCUAUCACAGGGUAAAGGAGAGCUGUACCCAUACCCUUUGUUUACCUCGUACCCAGUGCCCCGGGAGUAUACCCCAAACUUGACAGGCAGGUCAGCCAUGAAACAGGCAACCUCCUCUAACGUGUUCUUACCUAAAGACAAUGAUUUAAGCAAGCUGUUAGCAGAGAAUAAGAAGAAACCUGAGAAGAAUUCUGAUCAGUGGCUAGACAAAUGCAGAGCAGCCAUGUUAACUGUUCUCUCCUCCAAACCAGACCUCACUAAAGGCAACACCGUGCAAUACCUAAUGGAGCAGAGUGUUGUGGCUCUGUCCAACACAAAGGAUGCUAUAUUCCGCCAGGUUGAAGUCUCAGCAAGUGAAAAAGCUGUGAGGUCCUACAAGCUAACAUCAUUGCAGCAGCUGGGGAUCACCCUCGCAAUACGGUACGGGACCCACCUGAAGUUGCUCAGCUCUAACUCUGACGCUACCAGCAGUCUGACUCAACUGCUCAAGCUCACGGGUUCUUAUCUACAUCAGCAGCAGAAGGAAACAGGCAGUUCACUUCGCUAUCUCACCAGAACUUACCAAGGCUUUGAUUGGUUCGUUGCCACGGUAUUCCUAAUCUUUAACGGAAGUCUGGAACGAUCCUGGAAGUUUCUGCAGAAGUUCUCCACUUUGGCAUCGUCUGGAUUUCUGUGGAGCUGCCGGCUUCAUGCUUCUGUGCAUGUUGCCCCUGAGCUGAUGUUAAGUGGCAUUCCCCCAGUUUUCUCUAGCACUGGGCAUAACAUAGAAUUGGUCCUACACACAGAAUUGCCUCUCAUAGCGUCAGCAUUCAAGAUGUCAGGCUAUACUCCAGCUCAGAUAUGCUGUCAUUGGUUGCGCCAGUGUUUCUGGAACUACCUGGACUGGGUAGAUAUCUGUCAUUACCUGUGUGUUAUCAUGGUGAUGGGCGUGGACUAUCAGGUGUAUGUGUGCGUGGCAAUUCUCCGCCAUCUACAGAGUGACAUCAGCAGACACAUGCAGGACCAGGAUCUUGUUAUAUUCCUCAAGGAGGAGCCUAUCCGUGGCUUUCGAUUGGGUCAUCACUUACCCUACAUGAAAACUCUCGAAGAGAAAUUUCGUACCAUCAUCCUGAGUGACAUGCUGAACUUUUCUAAACCGUGAGAAUGUCACGAGAAACAGGUU